AUUCUACUCUGUCGUCGAAACAACCUCCGUCUACUUUCGAGCUUAAAUGGACUUCGGAAUCUACGAGGGUGCUGUCAAGUCUCAGGUUGGGGGCGCUAGCUUCAGCGAGGAGACAUUUGAGACUAUCAGUGCGGAGAUUGAUGCUUGGGACGACGACUUGAGGCAGUUGAACUUGGACAUCCACGACCACCCGGAAUUGAUGUUCGAGGAGUACUAUGCGCACGACACAUUAACCUCUUUCAUGGCCUCUGACUCCAAUGAGUGGGUCGUAAAGCAGCGUCAAUUCGGUCUCGAGACCGCAUGGUCAGCUACAUUCACACACGGAACCGGUGGUCGUACUCUUGGGGUCAAUUCAGAGAUGGACGCGCUACCUGCUAUUGGACAUGCAUGCGGCCAUAACCUCAUUGCGACUGCAGGUGUCGCUGUUGCUCUGGCCGUGAAGGCGGCUAUGAUUAAACAUGACAUUCCAGGGAAGGUCGUGCUGCUCGGCACACCAGCCGAAGAAGGUGGUGCGGGGAAGGUCUUCAUGCUUAAUGCAGGAGCAUACGACACCAUGGAUGCCUGUAUAAUGUGCCACCCGAGCCCCGGACGCAAGAACGAAACAGGAAUUCGCUCUUCUCUAGCCAACCAACAUUUCAAGGUCACAUACACUGGUCAUACCGCACACGCUGCGGCAGCGCCUUGGGAAGGCAAGAAUGCUAUGGAUGCGGCCAUCUUGGCUUAUACCAAUGUUUCCCUCCUGCGCCAGCAGAUCCACCCUUCACAUCGUGUGCAUGGGGUCUUUGAGGGGGAAAAUCUUGCUGUCAAUAUCAUCCCAGACAAGGUCAACAUGCACUGGCUAAUCCGUGCGCCUACCUCCGCAGGAGUCCAGGAUACUGCAUCGCGGGUGAAAGCUUGUUUCGAAGCAGCGGCCUUAGCAACUGGAUGCAAAGCUGAUAUUGCAGAGACCGGUUUUCCUAUGAACGAAAUGCGGCAGAAUCGAGUUCUAGGGGCCGAAUUCGCUAGGACCUGGAGAGCGAAAUUCGGGAACUGCGUUGAAGCAUAUGACGAGACCAUGUUUGCAUCGACAGACUUUGGCAACGUAACACAUGCACUCCCCGCCCUUCAUCCCGGCUAUUCCAUCCCCUCCGUCCCGAACGGCGGCAAUCACACAGCGCUGUUCGCAUACGCCGCAAGUACUCCCGAGGCGCACAAAGCUACUCUCGAGGUGGCGAAGGCACUGGCUAACACAGGGCUCAGGCUCCUUUCUGACGAUUUUUUCUUCACAGAGGUGAAAGCUGCGUAUGAGGCAGACAAGAAGAUGGCGGGCUUCUCUGAUAUCUGGUCAUGAAGCUGUGAGGUAUCGUCAGAAGGAUGUUCUCUGUAGAAGAUCGUUGUUUUGCGGUUGAUUGAACGCGUCGCUUUCUAAUGUCACACUAACGGCGGAUAUUCUUGUUUAAAUCUGAGGCAAUGGUAUAUGACAGAUUUU